GGACUUGCCAACUCCCAUUGAAUGAAUCAUACUUGUAUAUCUAUAUAUAGAUAGACACAAACAAUGUCUCUUACACCAUUGAUCAUUAAGACCUUAGUUUCCUUUACCGUAUCUAAGUCAAAGCCAACAACAAUGUCUCUUGCACCAUCUUCUGAGUUGAAGCGACCUUGUGCAAAUUUUGCUCCUAACAUUUGGCAGGAUAUUUUCAUUCAAUAUGCUGAUUCACAAUCAUUGGAAGUCAAUGAAACUAUGAAGCAAGAGGUCCAAAUACACAAAGAAAAAAUAAUGCUAUAUUUGUCUUCGAAUGACAAUAGCAUUUUACAGAAAUUAAGUUUAAUUGACUCAAUUCAACGUUUGAGUAUAUCUUAUCAUUUUGAACGUGAAGUUGAUAAAGCGUUGGAAGAAAUCUACAAUAAUUUUACCAACAAUAGUCUUCCUAUAGAAGAUUAUGACCUUCACUUUAUUGCCUUACUCUUUCGUUUGUUCAGACAAAAUGGAUAUCAUAUUUCAUCAGAUGUUUUCAUCAAAUUCAAGAAUAUCAAAGGAGACUUCGAUGAAAUAAAUGUUCUUCAAAAUGUUGAAGAAAUAUGGAGCUUGUAUGAAGUUGCACAAUUAAGGAUUCAUGGAGAAGAUAUAUUGGAGGAAGCACAUAAAUUCACAUGCAAUAAACUUAAGUCCUUCAUCGAUCAACUGAGUCCAUGUCUUGCAGACCAAAUCAAUCGAAGCUUAAGGCUGCCUCUUCACAAGACAGUUUCAAGGAUACGAGCAAGAUCAUAUAUGUCAUUUUACAAAGAAAAUCCUUCCCAUAACAAAGUUCUUCUAUCUCUUGCAAAAUUAGAUUUCAAUCAACCGGUUCAAUCAGUAACCCAACAGUUAAACCAAUUUUUUUUUUUAAACGGUGAGUUAUUGAUUAUUUCAUUGGCUAAAAAUUAUCGGUUACCAAUAUUUUUCCUUAUUUGUAUAUUGACUUGUAUUGGUAUUAUUAUUUCAUUCAGGUGGUGCAAAAAAUUAGCCUUUGCGACAAAGGUUAUUUAUGCUAGAGAUAGGGUGGUUGAGGCAUUCUUUUGGCCACUAACCAUGUCUUCUGAGCCAAAAUAUAGUACUUGGAGAUUGAUAUUAGGCAAACUGCUUGCAUGUAUAUGUCUUCUUGAUGAUACUUUUGAUGCCUUUGGCACAUUUGAAGAGCUUCAACUCUUGACAGAGGCAAUCAAAAGGUUGAUUUGAUCUCUAAUCUUUAACCACCAAUUUUAUAUUAUUUAUCUCAAUUUGAAAAUGAAAAUAUUGUUCAUGUAUAUAUGGAUCAUAAUUGUUAUGAAAUCACUCAUCCCAAAAGUUUAAGCUGAUAGGAGAAGACAAUAUUAAUGGUUAUAUCUCUAAUAUUCCCUCUCAAACAAGAGCCUCUUUUUGAGUUUGUUUGAUUUUACAUAGGCUUUCUUUUCUCUUUUUAUUUGCCUUAUACUAUUUUUUUCAUUUUUGGGGUUCAUCAAAGAUCGAACUCUGAGCUCUGAUACCAUGUUAUGAAACUACUUAUCCCAAAAAGUUAAGCUAAUGAAAAAAAGGCAACAUUAAUGAUUAUAUCUCUAAUAAUAAUUUUCUAAAAUAAGAAGAUU